GUUAGGUAGCUUGCUAACCCAGCUAGGUAGUUGGGGCUUAGCUACGUAGCCAGCUGUAUGUUCGUCUAACGCAGCAUUCAUCCACAGGAUAGAAACAGGAACCGUACAAUAAAUAUUAAUUAUAAUGACCGGAAACGAGAUGGAUUUCUCAUAACAUCACCGAGAAGAAAAUCGUUAAUCGUUACGUUGGCCGCUGGGAAUAAAUGCUAGUAAAUUAACGCUACAGCUAAAUUAACGUUACUUCAUAAUAUUACAGUAUAGUAACGUAGAUAGCUAACUGCGUUCUGAUUAAUUUAUAGCUACCAACCCAUCUGGAAAAAAACAUCUCAAGCUAGGUUUUGAAACAGCUGGUUGCUGGUUGACCAGCUUCAUACUCAUGUUUUGACCAGAUCAAACUGUUAGCAGCAGCACCAACGUCGCUAGAUUUUUAUGCGAAUAACGGUAGUAACCAUGGAGACACCCGAUUUACCUGUUGAGAUAAUUACGUAUAUUUUGAGUUUCCUGCAAGUUCCAGACCGAAGUGAGGCGUCCAUGGUUUGCAGAAGUUGGUACAUUGCGAGCCAAGAUUACCAAUUCCAGAAGAACAUCACUUUCAAGGUUCCGGCCUCUUCAUCUUCCCUGGAUGUGAUCCGGGGGCUGGGAAGGCGCCCUCGCUGCGGCAUCAUCAUCAGCCAUCUGGACGGCUCCAGAGUGUCGCGGGAGGUGCUGGUGGAGGUGGGGGCGAGCUUGGGCCCCCGGCUGGAGUCUCUGUCUCUGCCCGGGAGUAGCGUGACCGAAUCGUCCCUGCUCAAUCUGCUGCCACACCUCACCGCCCUGCGCCAGCUGGACCUGCGCGGCCUGGACAGCCUGUUCAUGUCCGGCGCCUUCCUGUCCCGGGACGAGAGCCGGCGGCAGGUGCACGCGGCCCUGGGGCGCCUGGAGGAGCUGGACCUGUCGGACUUGCGCUACCUGUCCGACCUCACCUUCGCACGCCUCACCGGGUGCACCCCGCGGCUCCGCCGCCUGUCGCUGGCCGGCUGCCACAUCGCCUUCGAGUUCGACCCGUAUCGGGGGUGCGCCGCCGCGCCCCAGUCCUCCGCCCUGCUGUCGCUGCGGAACGUGCGCGCGCUGCUCAGCAACCAGGCCGCCACCCUGCGCGCGCUGGACCUGAGCCGCACCAGCGUCACGCCCGAGUCCCUCCGCUCCCUGGCCCAGGUGGACGGGCUGCGCCUUCUGGACCUGCGUCUCCGGGGCUGCAAGGAGCUGACAGACCGGGCGGUGGAGGCACUGUGCAAGCACCAGCCCGGCCUGCUCAGUCUGGACCUCACCGCCUGCACUGAGCUCACCAGCAGGGCGGCGCUGGCUGUGGCCUCGGGCUUGAAGAGCCUGCGGCACCUCUACCUGUCCGGCCUCUGGAGGCUGACGGACAGGGGCCUGGCGGAGUUGGCGGGGCUGAGGGACCUGCAGACGCUGGACCUGUCCGAGUGCCUCCACGUCAGCGGGGCAGAGCUGGUGAAGGGGCUCUCCUCCCCAGAGGGUGGGGCACACCUGACAUCCCUCAACUUCCACAGCUGCACCUACAUCAAAGACCUGACUGUGUUCUCAUUGGCCCAGCUGCUGGGCCCCAGUCUACAUGUGCUCGACCUCACUUCCUGUCUGUACCUGACGGACCUGAGUGUGCGUGCCAUCGCCACCUACCUGCAGUCUCUUGUGGUGCUGCGUCUGGGCUGGUGCAAGGAGGUCUCUGACUGGGGUCUGCUGGGGAUGCUGGAGCCCACUAAGGAACUCAACCCCGAUAAAGAGAUGGAGGACCAGGGCCCCAGCUUCACCCGCACGUUCGGGAACAUGGGGUUCUUCCGGCCCCCUCGAAUGCUGUUAGAAGAAAAGCCGCAACUGGUGACGGAGGAGGACCUGGGGACGUUUCGGGGGCAGGAGGGGGCCUCCCUGCUGGCCCUCAGGGGCCUCCAGGAGCUGGACCUGUCUGCCUGCUGCAAACUGACGGAUAGCAGCAUCACGCAGGUGCUGCGCUUCCCCGACCUGCGGAAGCUGUCACUCUGCAUGCUGCCGGAGAUGGGCGACGACAGCCUGGCGUCCGUCUCCCGGCACUGCCGCAGCCUCAGCAGCCUGUCCCUGUCCCACUGCCCGCGCCUGACGGACCAGGGCCUGGCUCGGGCCGCCCCGCACCUGCGCCGCCUGCGCCACCUCCACCUGGCCUGUUGCGGCCGGCUCACCGACAGGUCCUUGGCUGUCCUUGCUCAGAAUUGCAAGAACCUACAAACUCUGGACAUUUCCAUGUGCAAAGACAUCACCAUAGCAACAGUGGACCUGCUCCAAUCACAGCUGCCCUUCCUGGAGACCGUCCACUGCCGCUUUGUGGGAGGGGCCGAGCAAAACUUCACGUUUUGAGGACGUGGCAGUCACAGGUGUCACCGCGGGGUGCGGGAGCAAAACGGAUUCAUCGGCCGAGUACUUGCUCACUACUGCAUACUUAAACUGAGUACACUGGAUGAGAAAGUCGUCAAGUAGGCAAAUCGUUUCUCUAAAUGUAAGAUUAUAUAAGCGUUUCCAGGGUUUUCUGGGGUUUUUCAAAAUGACUACCAGACAUCCUGGACUGGGCGACCAGACCGGGCGACAUAUCCCCAAAGAUGGUACUGUAAAGGAGAAAGACCUGCCCAACCUUCAGUUUUGUACCUAACAAUCUAGGCUAUCCAACGACUCGUACGAAACCAAAAAGGACUCGAAACGUGCUGAUCAACAGCUCCUCAUAAGAAACGUUCCCAUUGGGAUCCAUUGUAAAACCAUGAGGUCCUCAUGAGUGGAUUUAAGCGUGGAGCAGUUUAGCCUCUACAUUGGACCUCUCUGUUGUUGCUCUCUUAUAUCCCCAUGCUAUUUUCCACAACACAUCUUGUCCUAAUGGUAAGCAGUAUGCUUAGUAGAUAUUUAGCACAUAUUUUGAGGACACAGUAGCCAUUUCGGACACGGCCCUAGCUUUAAAGAAUGGUAUUCACAGCAGUGCUGGAUGGGAGUUAAUCAUUUGAAAAAGUGGCUUUAUUUAAUCACUGUGUAUAUAAAUCUCAAGCUACAUUUUUAUGAAGGUAUAGCGAGGAUUUUAGUUUGGCUCCAGGCCACUGGCACUUUUUGUUUCCCAAAACCUACAGAGUGUUUUGAAGUACUCGGCUACCUCCAGAAAUACCCGUGUAGUGGAGAAACAGCUGAGGGGCUUCGUAGCAUCCAGCCUAUCGUGUACACACACUCCAGACAGGUGCUCAGUCACCUUUUCUCAGGUAAGGUGGCGGGUCGUGGUUCAGGCCACACCUUCUCUACACCUGCAUUUAAGUGGACCUUGCAUGUCCAAAUCACCACAGCUUUUUGUGUCCAUAACCUCAUGCCAAGUUAUUUGUGUGUGGUGGUAAAACAACACUGACAGUGUGCUUUUACUGUGAUAGUGGAGCUUAUUCAACACUGGGCGUUCUGCAGUGUGACAUGCUGAACAUAACAGCUGUCUAUGACGUGAGCUCCCUCCUAAGGUAGCGGCCUCAUGGAAACGGAACCUAUGAAGGCAGCGGAUUUGGGACGCGCUCUGAAGGCAGCACGAAGCCACAGCUCGUUCCCAUACGUCAGCAUCAGUGCUUACUGCCGUUAGCGGUUCAGCCUCCCGUUCGCGCUUCAGCCGCCCGUUGUCCCUGGAUUAGUUUUACGUUCAACUAACAACAUGACUAGUUCAGCCACUUUUUCAGCUGUAACCAGAAAUAAUGUUCAAAUAAAAAGUUCAAUGUUAGCUGUAAAAGAUUUUUAUUUUGAUAGCUGGACUGCCAAGUUAACACUACGUUCUGCGUGAUUACUAGAAGUUAGCGGGCUAAUUCAGGGAGAGUUCACCAAGGUUUCUAAACACUAAAUACGUUAUUCAGUUCAUUAAACAAUUAAAAUGUACUUUUAUAUAUAUAACUACAACAAAUGGAGUUCACUGUAUGAUUGCAUUUGUAAACUAACUCCUCCGCUGCCACCGCUUUACCGGAAUUAUUUUGACGUAUUUUACGUUUUCAUUUAACAUUAAAGGUACAAUAGGUAAUUUCUGACUCCUCUAAUGGUCAAGAGAGGAAUCGCAGGAACAAACACCCUGACACCACAACACUGUUUAUUCUCCCCCUUCUCUGUGAACACGCUGACGUUGAAACGCCAAUUGAAGGACUAUAAACACAGAGGGUUAGUCACCAUGUCAGUGAGCCUUUUUCAAUGAUAGGAAGGGAUUUACAAUGUUCUUGUAAUAAUGUUUUAACACAAAAAUCUUACCUAUUGUAUUUAAGUCAGUGAUAAUGGCAAAGACCUAUUGGAUAUCCUACACAGGAUACAUCGGAUGCUGCCUUCAAAUUUAAUCGAAAUAGGGCACCUUAGAAGGACAGUUUUCUGAUUACCUCGGUUUGGGAUAUGUCUAUGAAGGACGAGUGUGAAGAAUUAAAAUAGUGAAAAUGCUGGCUUAUAAUUCCAAGGCGGCUGAUUUCGUAUUGGGACGAUAUCAACUGCGCAUGGCAAGACGCUGUCCUUGUGACUGCUGUACAGAAAUGCUACAGUUGAUGAGGAGUUGUGGAUCAAACUGGCCAUUUGCAGAUAGGAGGAAGUAAUUUAGGCUAUUUAAUGAAACUUGAAUCAAAAAGCAAUUACAGAUGUAUUAAAGUCAAAUGUUAUUUUAUGAAUAAAAACUUAAUUUAUGAAAGA